GUUCGAUAAUAGUAAUGAUGUUCAAAUACCAAAGAAGGAAGUGCAAGUGGAGGUUGAUUGGCUACAAUCAGUUGAUAACUCGCCUCUUAACUAUUACACUGGACAAGACUUCUUGAGUGUCAUAGAAGCUAUUCAUCAUGUUUCUAACUGGGAGGAUCUGGGACUAGCGUUAAAACUUGAUCCACCUAUCAUGGAUAUUGUCAAGAAAUCACACAAUCAUAUUGUUGAGGAGUGUCGCAAAGAUAUAAUCCAGAGAUGGAUGAUGACCAAUGACCAUCCCUCAUGGAGGAGCCUCUGCCUUGCUUUGUGUACUAUAUCAGUAGGUCAUCCAAACUUAGCCAAGCGUAUUGGAGAGAUGCAUCCAAUCAAACCUGCUCAGCAGUAUAAUGAACCAUUUGAUGAAGAAGCUUCUUCUCAAUCAGCUAUGCCUACACCUACAACUUCUACUGUCUCUCCUUCUCUUCCUUCUCACUCUAUUCUUCCUCCUCCUCUUUCUCCUCCUAACCAGCAUCAAUCCUAUUCAAAGCCAGUAGAAGAAGUUAGUCAAGGAGGUUCCAUGUUAUCUAGAACAAGUGAUGUGUACCAAUGAACCUUACUACCAACAGAAAAGUGCAGGGAGCACUGAAUUAGUUUAACUAAUUUUAAAAGAAACACGAUUAUCACUAAUAGACUACUGAAUUAUUAUUUGCAAUUUUUAUAUCUAGAUCUAGUCUAUAUAAUAAUUUUUAAAUGCAAACCCUGAUUGGUUAAUUUGCAGC